AUAUAUGUUGUUCUCUGUGCCGGAAUAAUGAAUGUACGGAAUUUUCGCAUUAAGCUCGAUUUAUGCAAUUAUUACAACGAUGCGCGUCGGUUUUGUUGGAUUUUUGUCGACAGUACGAAAAUGCUACAAAUCUCUCACGUGAUAGGUCAUAUCACAAAGCUAGUUAAUAUAAAAAAACCGUUCCAUUUGAUGUUGCAUACAACUGAAUAUCUGCCACCGAAUGAGGAUAUUCGUAUUCUCAAAGAGAAUGAAACAAUUCUAGUUUGUCCAGGAACAGGUCUUCAAGGAGAGUCAUACCUACUUGAUACAAGAAUAAACACAACAACAGUACCAACGUUGCAGAACAACUUUACAAAGCCUGUGAUUAAAAAUAAUUAUGUUUCAGACAAAGAAUCACAGACUAAUAUUCUUCCAAUUCAAUCUAAGUCAGCUUUAGUUCAAGAGAAUGAAUUGAAUAAAACUCUCAACGGAUCUCAAAGUGAUGUUUUAGAAACCAGUGCAUUAUCUUAUAAACCAGAAAAUGAAGCUAAUUGUACAAUUGAGUCAAAUGUAGAUAGGAACACAAUUGACAAAUUAAAUACAGACAAUAAUCUAACUCGAAAACGAAAAAGAAGUAGAAAAAAAAAGAAGGCGCAAACGAUUAACGAAACACCGAACAAAAAUGUAGACACAGAAACACAAGUAAAGAAACCUGUGAUAAUAAAUUCUUGCAUCAUCCCAUCCAGCAAGCAUAUAAGAUUUGACACUCUGGACACCGCAAAAGCUAACAGAAAGCAAAUCACCCACAGAGAAGAAACGAAUGAAUCUUCCACUAACGAAGUAACAGUUUCUCAUGAACUUGAUAACUUAUUAUCAUUGGGUCAAAAUUCUACACCAGUUACUUUCACAAGCCAAAACAUUAAGCAAGAAAUCAAAAUUGAACAUAUACCCGAUGAACAGACUCAACUUGAUGUUUCCUUUGAGAAGAAAGACGAGAGUGAAAAUUUGAUCAAACAGCUGCAAGAAGGAAAGGAAUUAUUAAAUGUAGGUCUAGAUGGCUAUCCAGUUAUGACGAAAAAACCUGAACUUAAAGAUGUUGUAGCUUUUAAAAUGCUUAAGAUUGGUUCAGACUACACUCCACAAGUAUCAGAGUUCAUUGUCGGUGAAGUCGUAUGUUAUUGUCCAAAAACAUUAACAUAUACCUUCAAAGUGUGGCAGGGCUUAUCGGAGGUUCAGGUACCAAUUGGCAAAUUUACAAUUACGGAUGAUAAUAACGAAGAACGGACAUUGAAUGAUACUGUAUCAGUAAAUUAUGCACUAUUAAUGGAACCUAGACUUCUGUCUACUUCCAAUCCCGAAAGAAUACCUACUCCCACUGAUAAUGGCACUCAGGAAGAGAACCGCAUAACAUUUACAUUACAUUAGUUGCUAAUAUUUGACAU